UCAACAUUAAAUUCCUAGAGCCAGAGAGCAGUCUGUAUCUAGAGGGAAGUGGGAAAGCAUAUAGAAGACAUGAGACGGCAGAGACAAGAGGUGGUGGAAGAAGUGAAGAGGCAGUUAUGGUUAGCACUGCCUCUCUGCUCAGUUGGAAUCCUCCAAUACAGUCUUCAAACAAUGUCUGUGAUGUUUGUUGGCCACCUUGGUACACUUCCUCUUUCAGGUGCUUCCAUGGCCACUUCCUUUGCAUCAGUCACUGGCUUCAACUUACUGAUGGGAUUGGCUAGUGCACUGGACACAUUUUGUGGUCAAUCAUAUGGAGCAGGACAGUACCAUAUGCUUGGCAUACACAUGCAAAGAUCCAUGCUUGUUGUUUUAAUUGUAAGUGUAUUCCUUGCAAUAAUAUGGGCAAACACAGAACCAAUUCUAGUUGCUAUGCACCAGGACAAGGCCAUUUCCAGGGAAGCUGGCUCUUAUGCCCGUUUCAUGAUCCCAAGUUUAUUUGCAUAUGGUCUUCUACAGUGCCUUCUCAAGUUCUUGCAAAACCAAAACAUUGUCUUCCCAAUGGUUCUAACAUCCGGAAUUAUAGCUUUGCUUCACAUCCUUUUGUGUUGGGUUCUGGUUUUCAAAACCAGGCUUGGAAGCAGAGGUGCAGCAUUGUCCAAUUCCAUAUCUUAUUGGGUAAAUGUGCUCUUGAUCUCUCUAUAUGUGAAGUUCUCUCCUGCUUGCAAACAAACAUGGACUGGGUUUUCAGUGAGAGCCCUGCACAAUCUCCUUGACUUCCUUAAACUUGCUGUUCCUUCAGCUCUUAUGCUUUGCUUGAAAGUCUGGACAUUUGAAGUGAUAGUUCUCGUGUCUGGUCUUCUUCCUAAUCCAGCAUUAGAAACUUCAGUGCUUUCAAUAUGCCUCAAUACAUUUGGCCUAGCUUGGAUGAUCCCUUUUGGAUUCAGUGCUGCUGUAAGUGUAAGGGUCUCAAAUGAACUUGGGGCUGGAAAUCCACAAGCUGCAAGUUUAGCAGUUCAGGUGGUGUUGUCCAUUGCUUUCAUUGAAGGCAUCUUUUUAGCUUCGACCAUGAUUCUUCUGCGGAAUAUCUGGGGCCAUGUUUACAGUAAUGACAAAGAAGUCAUUAGCUACAUGUCAGCCAUGAUGCCAAUUUUGGCCAUUUCCAGCUUCCUAGAUGGGAUCCAAAGUGCACUUUCAGGUAUUCUUGCAGGAUGUGGACGUCAGAAGAUUGGUGCCUGUGUGAAUCUUGGCUCAUUCUAUCUUGUGGGCGUUCCUUGUGCUGUUGCAUUAGCAUUUCUUCUACACAUGAAGGCCAAGGGGCUGUGGUUGGGGAUCAUAUCUGCAUUUGUUGUGCAAGUGUUAUUUUACACAGUCUUCGUUAUGAGAACAAAAUGGGAGGAAGAGGCAAGCAAAGCUCAAGGCAGAGUUGAGCGCUCAAUCAUCACGCCAACCGCUACACUCAGUAACAGCAUGUUACAAUGUGAAAAAUUGGAACAAGUUGCUUAAUCAAUUUAUGGCUGUUGGUUUUAUCAAGCUGACAACAAAACCAGCCGCCAAAACUAAUGUUUCAAAUAGCUCCAAACAGGGAACAAGCACCAGCAUAAAGAUUGUGAGAGGAAGACUCAUGAAUUAGAAAGUAAAUUACAGAGAUUUUGCAUCUGAGAACUUUUGGGCAUUGUAAUUACUUUUUGUUUUUGUCUGAGAAGAAAUCUUGCUAAAGUGGGCUUGUAAUUAGUAUUUAGUAAGGAAGAACUAGUAGCCAAUCAAAUGACUAUUGAAAUCAUGAAUUUCACACCCAUGCCAAGUAAUUAUGUUUACUCAUUGUGCAUC